CUCCAACCAUCAAGCCUAUCUUCCGAAACUCAACAAUGGGCCUCUGCAAAAUCCUCUCCAUUUCCUCAUUCCUUCUCACCACCCUAUUCUUCACCUCCAGCUAUGCAGCUACGUUCAACAUCCAAAACCAUUGCUCCUACACGGUUUGGGCUGCGGCAGUCCCAGGCGGGGGCAUGCAGCUUGGCUCAGGCCAAUCCUGGAGCCUCAAUGUGAAUGCCGGCACCACUGGAGGCCGUGUUUGGGCCCGUACCAACUGCAACUUCGAUGCGUCAGGGAAUGGGAAGUGUGAGACCGGGGACUGUGGUGGCCUCCUCCAAUGCACGGCCUAUGGUACACCCCCUAACACCUUAGCCGAAUUCGCACUUAACCAAUACAGCAACUUGGACUUCUUUGAUAUAUCUUUGGUUGAUGGAUUUAAUGUUGCUAUGGCCUUUAAUCCUACUUCCAAUGGGUGCACCCGUGGCAUCAAUUGCACCGCCGACAUCGUGGGAGAGUGCCCCGCUGCGCUAAAGACUACCGGUGGUUGCAACAACCCAUGCACCGUUUUCAAGACCGAUGAAUAUUGUUGCAAUUCUGGGAGCUGUAAUGCUACAACUUACUCCGAGUUUUUCAAGACUAGGUGCCCUGAUGCUUAUAGCUACCCUAAGGACGAUCAGACAAGCACCUUUACAUGCCCUGCCGGGACCAAUUAUGAAGUUAUCUUCUGCCCAUAAAUCUAUUAUUUAAAUCAUAUGCUAGUAUGCCUCUACUAGUCUCAACUAUUAGGAGGCAAUGGUAUCCACCUUGGGUUCCAAAAGCCUAGAGGAAUAAAGUUGAGCCCAUAUUCGUGGUCAUGUAAUAUGUGAGGAUAAAGACCAGUUAACGAAGCUUGACUGACGUCAAAAAUUUUAUUUUA